AUAUAUAUUAUCAGGAGAUUUGCAUCUGCUUUGAAACAAACAAGGAAAAAAAAAAGCUUCAAUGGAGAAGAGUAAUGGCCUGCGAGUGAUUCUCUUUCCACUACCAUUACAAGGAUGCAUUAACCCCAUGUUUCAGCUAGCCAGGAUUCUACACUCGAGAGGUUUCUCCAUCACUGUGAUCCACACGCGCUACAACGCUCCAAAAGCUUCAAGCCACCCUCUCUUCACCUUCUUGGAGAUCCAAGACGGCUUGUCCGAAGCAGAGACAAGUACUCACGAUGUCACACAUCUCCUGAUGCUUCUCAACCGAAGCUGCGAGUCUCCGUUUCGUGACUGUUUGACUAAACUGUUGCAUUCUGAAACAGAGGAAGAGAAACAGAGGAUUAGCUGUUUGAUCCAUGAUGCUGGAUGGAUCUUCACACAACCCGUCGCUCAGAGUCUGAAUCUCCCAAGAUUGGUCCUUAAUACCUAUAAAGUCUCCUUCUUCGUAGGUCACUUUGUUCUUCCUAAGCUCCGCCGUGAAAGAUAUCUUCCUCUGCAAGGUUCGAUCAUGUAUCAAGAACAAGAUGAACCAGUAGAGGAGUUUCCGCCGCUUCGAAAGAAGGAUCUUAUACGGAUUCUUGACGAAGAGACAGAGCUUCUAGACUCGUACUUGGAUAUGAUUUUGGAAACCACAAAGGCAUCUUCAGGUAUUAUUUUUGUGUCAUCCUGUGAAGAGUUGGAUCAAGACUCACUCAUCAAAGCACGUAAAGACUUUCAAGUCCCCAUAUUUGCGAUUGGACCUUCUCAUAGCUACUUCCCAGGCUCUUCUAGCAGUUUGUUUACACCAGACCAGACUUGUAUUCAAUGGUUAGAUAAACAAGAAGACAAAUCCGUGAUUUACGUGAGCUUCGGGAGCUUUGUUACCAUCAGUGAAUCAGAGUUACUGGAGAUUGCUUGGGGUCUAAGAAAGAGCGACCAUAAAAUAUGA